AGGGCAUUACGUCAGACGCUGUCAGUCUCUGAAGUGGAGUUUUGGUUUCACCUGACGACAGGCGUCCUCUGCGGGCCGCGCGUGCGUAGUGGUUUUGUGUGCGUGUUGGGGGGGCUGAAAUGGCGGCUCUCGCGUCCUUGGGAGGAGCGUCGCGGGCGGGUUUUAUUUUGAUACGGGGCAGCAGUGCGGUUCUUUUCUCCGUACGACGCGCGUUGGGGAGAUGCUACGGCACAGCAACGACCCCGACCGGUGAGAAAGUGACGCACACGGGGCAGGUUUAUGAGGAAUCUGACUACAGGCAGAUUCGAUUUACUGGGCGACAGAAAGAGGUGAAUGAAAACUUUGCAAUUGAUUUGAUUGCUGAGCAGCCUGUGAGUGAGGUUGAAACCAGAGUGGUAUCCUGUGAUGGUGGUGGCGGAGCUCUGGGACAUCCUAAAGUGUAUAUAAACUUGGACAAAGAUACAAAAACUGGAACAUGUGGCUACUGCGGACUCCAGUUUAAGCAGAAGCACCAUCACUGAUAAUUGUCUUAUUAUGCUUUGCUAUAGUAUUAAACAUAUUUAAAAGGC